AUGUCGACGGGACAAUCGGCCCAAUCCCAUGGGGUUACCACCUCAAUGGAUAUCGCCCGUCACCAGGCGUCAAAUGGCUAUCAUGUAGCCUCGGUGGCUGGCCAAAAGAGGCCUUUGACAGAUUCUUCGCCCCAGGAGGCCCCCAAACCGGAUGCAGGCGUACAUCGCAUCGCCCUGCGUGGUCCAAGUGAAAUAUCCAACCCGCCGAUUCUGGAGUCGGCCCCAUUGGACUUUGCUCGAGCCUCGUUGGCCCCUCCUGUGAACCGAUUUACCGCCAGCGCUAUCCAUCAAGGCCCGGGCGCCAGCGGCUUGGAGGAGGAGCAUAAAUUCGGAGAACCCGCACCGGGAUCCAGUCAGAAUCCCCUAUUGUCUCUUUCCCAUCCCAAAUACGGACUUCCUUCGGCUCUCAAGGCCAACUUCGCUGCAUUGGGGGUCACCUCUAUUUACGCUUGGCAAGCGUCCUGUCUCUUGGCGCGGGGUUUAUUAUCUGGCGAGCGACAUUUGGUCUACACAGCCCCCACUGGUGGAGGCAAGUCCCUAGUGGCGGAUGUGUUGCUGCUGAAACGGAUCAUCGAGAAUCCUACCCGGAAGGCCAUCUUGGUUUUGCCCUACGUCGCAUUGGUUCAAGAGAAGCUUAAAUGGUUGCGUCAAAUUGUUCAGGGCGUGGAGAAAAUCAUCCCAGAUGACGAGAAUGAGGACGAUGGUGACAACUUGCAUUUCGCCCGCAAACGAUGGAAGCGAUUACAAAAGUCCGUCCGAGUGACUGGGUUCUUCGGCGGAAACCGGACAACUACAACAUGGGCGGAUACCGAUAUCGCCGUUUGUACCAUAGAGAAGGCAAAUUCGUUGAUAAACUCAGCAAUUGAGGACUGUAGCAUUGGUGACUUGGGUGUUGUGGUGCUCGAUGAGCUGCACAUGCUUGACGAUGAACAUCGUGGAUAUUUGUUAGAGCUGAUGGUGACGAAGUUGUUGUUGCUCCAGCAAGAUAUUCAAAUUGUGGGAAUGAGUGCUACUCUUUCGAAUACCGAGAUGUUGGCGCAGUGGAUGAAUGCCAAGUUCUACAUUUCCACCUAUAAACCGGUUCCUAUUGAUGAGUACCUGGUUUACGAGAAUGUCAUCUACCCGGCCGCGACAUCAAGACAGCUUUUCCAAACAGCUUCCAAGUUGACAGCAUCAGCAUCAGCAUCAGCAUCGAAUACAUUGCAAGACUCAAUUCCCCCGCACCGGACCAUUGAAGCGUCUACUUACAAGGAGCUCUCCAAUUCUGCAACAAAUUCAAUGGUGGCAUUGGCAGUUGAGACCGCUAUUGCAGGGUUUGGUGCAUUGGUCUUCUGUGGGAGUCGGGGGGCAUGUCAAGUUCACUCUGCCACCAUAAGUGAGGCGAUGCCUGCACUGACUGAGGGCACUGAUGAAAUGAACAAGCGACUAGACCUCUUGGCUGAGUUAAGAAGUCUCUCCUGUGGCUUGGACCCGAUUCUCCAAAAAGCAAUCAUCAAAGGAGCUGGAUUCCAUCAUGCCGGCAUGACAACGGAGGAACGGGAGCUAAUUGCCCAGGCCUACGACCAAGGCGUACUAAGAGUGCUUGUUGCGACUUGCAGUCUUGCCGCUGGCGUGAAUCUUCCUGCGCGACGAGUCAUCAUCAACGGCGCUCGAAUGGGGCGUGAAUUGGUGGGCCCCGCAAUGCUACGUCAAAUGUGUGGGCGAGCUGGGCGCAAAGGCAAGGACAGCUCGGGUGAAACAUAUUUGAUCUGUGUCAAGGCCGACCUUGAGGCGGUAUGCGAUCUUCUGGAUGCUGAUAUGCCAGCCAUCUCAAGUUGCUUGGCCCCUGAAAAAAGAGGCCUGAAAAGGGCGCUGCUCGAGGCUGUAGCAACAGGAUUGGUCUCGGGAUUCGAAGCAAUCAAAGAGUACGUGCGCUGUACUCUACUCUACCUCUCACUCGACAAGAAGUUGGUGUACAGUAUCAUGGAUUCUGCCCUGCAAGAACUCAUUAAUGAAGGCCUUGUACUUUUGAAAGACGACGAGUCAUAUGGUGCGACCCUGCUAGGCCAGGCAGUUGUGGCCUCGGCCUUUUCUCCUGAAGAUGGACUUUACGUGCACGAGGAACUCAAGCGGGCACUCGAAGCAUUUGUUAUGGAUGGUGAUAUGCAUGUAUUCUACAUGUUCACUCCUCUUCAAGUGGCUAUGAGUAAUCCAAUCGACUGGCAGAUUUUUCGAGACCAGCUGGAUCGCUUGGAUGAGAGUGGCCUCCGUGCCCUUCAAUAUGUCGGCGUCCAACCGGGCUUUGUAAACACAAUGGUGCAAUCUGGGGCAUCAUUGAAGGAAACAACCCCAGACCAGCUCAAACAAGCCCGUGUAUACCGUCGCGCUUAUACUGCAUUCCAACUUCGCGACCUGAGCAACGAGGUCCCUCUGGCAACAAUUUCUCAACGUUACAAAACCCCCCGUGGAUCUAUUCAAAUUCUCGCACAACAAUGUCACGGAUUUGCCGCCGGGAUUGUCAAAUUCUGCCAGCGCAUGAAUUGGGGCAUGUUGGCUGCUGUAUUGGACCACAUGCGAGAUCGCCUCGAAGCUGGCGCGCGUGCCGAUCUACUCGAGAUGGCACAGGUCACAUUUGUCAAGAGUUGGACUGCGAGACUGCUUCGGGAGAAUGGGUUCAAAGGCCUGCGGUCUUUGGCCGAGGCGAAUCCUAAAGAUCUCGUCCCAAUCCUCAUGAUGGUCAAUCCGCGGAAGACGCAGAAAAACCAGCUCUAUCCAACUGAAGCAGAGCGGUAUGCUGCGAAAUUGCUGACCAAGGCAGAGACUAUUGUUGCUUCUGCGAAUAAACUUUCGGACCGGGAAAUGCAAGUUGAGUUAGAGGAAUGA